AUGUCGGCGGUGCUUGGAAAGAUCGGACAGAAGGCGAAAGCCGCGCAAGCAGCGUCGGACCUCGUUCACCUGGCAGAGACGCCUGCUGGCCUUUCGAAUCAGACUGGAGAGACAACGUGGACAGAGAAACAAGGUGAAGACGCGAACAGGUUAAACGCUAUCCGUCAACUUGCUCUUGAUCUCCUCUUCGCCGUUUCUUUUCUUCGACCGUUCGGCCGCGCCUCGUCCUGCGUCGCCUCGGUCGCAGCGCCUGAAAGCUCCGGGGAUCCGGCAACUGCCUCUUUUCGGGCGCCGUCACCCCACUCUAUCUCCUUGUCCUCGCCUGCUCCUGCUGGCCCUCCUGUGGCCUUCGCUUCUGCCGCUUCGGCUGCGCCAGGGGACAUAUCGAGAGUCAGUGCGCGCCGCCUGCAUGGCGCGGGGAAGCGGCCAGAAACACCAACCCUUCGACAGAUUUGCCCGACGUACGCCCUGCACACAGAGCUCGUGGAGAAGGCUACCAGUUUAAGGGAACUGACGCUGUAUCUGCUGGUAUGCUUCGGCCCGCUGCUGGAGCUCCUGCAUCGCGACGUCGAGCAAAAAUCGUUAGCUGCUUCCCCUUCGCUUGAGGCAGAGACCAGAGCGGCGCGCCGGCAAAACGAACAAGACGCGCAAGGAAAGGAAGAGAAACAAACCGACGUCUCUGCAUUCGAUGGCCGUUCCCCAGGACCGUCGUCGACUUUUACGGUUUUCUCUGUCUCUUCGGGAACACCUGAAGACCCUGUCCAGGUGUCGAGACAGCUUGCCAGCCUUUUGUCUGACAAGCUGAAAGGGAUUGGCGCGAUCCUGCAAGUUUUAACAGAAACGAAGUCGUCGGCAGGAUCCCGUGUCCUGGACGCUGUGUGUGACGCUCUGGCUGCGGCAGAACACCCGGCGUUGAAGUGUCUUCCUCAGCAGUUCGCGUCUUCCGAGAAAGGCCCGGACUCUCGAGCCGCGGGAGGGCGUGAGUGCGUAAGCAUGGAGGUGGGAGAGGAUGCAGAACAGUGCGGAAGUCGGAGCGAACCGAGUGGAGACAGCCGGAGAGCCGGAGAGGGAGUAGACGAGCAAGGCUCUAUGGCAGGCGAGAAGGACGGUUCCCCUCGCGCGGGGGAAAGUGGAGAAGAAGGAGCUCGCAGAGAGGCAACCAAGCAAGACAGACGCGAGAGAGCAGGACGCACAGAGGGAGGGUUGCUGCCUGCCUCGGCCUCGUCGGAGUUAAUUGCGGCGCCUCUGUGGUCUGCCGCAGCUCAGGAAAUCUUAGAGCACGAGCACGGCCUCGAGAAAGGACGAAAUGGAGAAGAGCGAGCGGCAGGAGAGGCGGAAGCCGACACAGAGAGAGGCGAUCCGCCUUCAUCUUUCCGCGUUUCCGGAAUCGAGAAAACGGUGCCGGCUCAGACGGCCGAGUGCAGUAACGUGCGGUGUACAGCCAGUGGGGAACACGAAGAAACGGACGCUACACGGCGGUUCGGUGAGGACUCGACGCCGAGCGAAACUCUUCCGAAAAACCUCCAGUGGAUUGCCCAGCAGCUGGCAACGCCUUUGGAGAAUCUCCGAGGCGACGCAGAAGAAGAGCAAUUGCUCAGGGAACAAAUCUCGCGUUCCUUCUGUCCGUCUGUGCCUUCAUCUGAGUCGUCGGCACCGGCUGCUCGCUCACGUUUUGGACUUACCCAAGCGCUUCGCCGCGGAGAGAGGGAAGAAGCAAGCGAGCGACGCAGUGAAGAAACAGGGGACGGAGAGGCUCUGCAUGUGGUCUCAGGGGAUGGCCCUCGCGGCGAAGGGCGAAGGGAACAGGCCGCUGGAGACGAACUGGACAGCGGUGGCCGAAAGGAAGAGACGACCGAAACAGAACGCGCCAGGAUGCGGUCUGAAACCCUAGCCGCAGAGCUCAUUGACAUCUUGGAGAACGAGAACUACAAAAAGCACCUGCGCGUGCGGGAGAAACAGCAACAGGGGCAGUUGUUGUUGCUGCUCCGAAAACUUCAAGAACACGCGGAAGACAGUGGAGACCUUUUCCUUGGCUCAACACACGAAAAGAAUUCCCUGGCAGGAUAUUCCGGUUUAUUUUCCGCAAUCCCGUCUGGCGUGUACGAGAGUCUUCCCCCCACGGGCGUCCCGUCGCGCGAGACGCCUUCGCCUCUUUCUUCUUUUGCCUCGCGUUUGGCCUCGAAACGUGCUUCAGUCUCUUCCUCGUCUGGUGGUCUCCCCGCGUGGUCUUGCACAACCACGGCCUCUCUUCAGGCUUCUUCCUCCUCGCAGUGUACGUCCGCAAACGCGUACUCGCCUCUCUCUUCGACUCCGACAUCUCCUGCUUCCCUCCUUUCGCCACCUCAGAACCUCUUCUCUCAGCAGCCGGUCUGGGCCUCUGGGGACACCCUUUCGUCUCCUCUUCUCCUUCCGUCGUCUUCUCUUUCGCUCGCGCUGUCGACGCUUCCACAUCGCCUAACCGAUGCGCCGAGCCACACGGGGGGUAGCUCGCUGAGCGGCGAAACGCUGUUGUGUGCAAAGGACGAGACUGGGGAGGGGGUAGGAAAACGUGAGGGAGGCGCCUCGACGUCUGCUUGCCUCAGCCAGCGCGGCCCGGAUGGCAAGACACCGCGUGACUGCUCAGCGGCCAUCCGCGCUACCGAGCUCGCUGCGGAGUCUCUUUCCUCUGCCGCCGCUCCUCUGUCUACUUUCUCGAGUCUGCCUGAAGGCGGAGUCGAGAAGAUGAGAGCAGCUGACGGGCUGCGCCCGUCGUUGCCUUCCUCCAGCGCAUCUGCUCUACGCGUAGGGCAACGAGCGUCAGGUGCGCGUGCCGCAGAGAGGUUUUCCUCUGGCACUGGGCCAACCGCGGUUUUGCCGACGGCAGUCCAGCUGUUUCUGAGGAAACGGAAAGGCGAAUUCUUGGAAAGGGAGCCUGAGGGAGACAGCGGGCGCCACUUGAGAGACGGCCGCGGCAAGCAGUGUCGCGAGGAAGGUCUGUCCCCGCAUUUUGCUUCCCUUGCUCUCCCGUACUCAACGCCAGCCUGUGAGGGCCAGUCAGACCAAGGCGCCAAGGCCGCACCUGCGUCUCCCAUCGACUCGGGCUCGUCCUCCAUUCCUUCUCUCCUAGGCAGCUCUGCCGCGCGCGGGGAGGCGGCGCAGGCCGACGAGAUGGGAGGGACUGCAGGUGGGCGGGACGCCAUCGGACGCGACCUGCCUGCUGACCUUUCGUUUCCCUUCUCCGCGUUUCUCUCGCGCGUCGUCGCCCGGGCCCAGGAAGAAGAGACUCAAGCGCGACGAGGUGACCCGAGAAACCACCGCAACGAAGCGAACGAAAAGGUGCAGUGCGGAGACAGCGAGAGACGACCGGACGCUCGAAAAGCGACUGCUCGGCGAGGGGGUGGAAGUGCCGCAGAGGGGCUGGAAGACGACGCGAAGCGGACAGCCAAGAGUGAACACGAAGAGACGGACGAAGGGCUUUUCUUCCGCCAUCUCGCCCUCCAUCUCGUUCGCCUUGCGAAGAGAGAACAAGACGAGAGGCAACGAGGCCGGCCGCCGUGCGCAUCGGAGACUUACAGCAUCGCCGAGGCAGGCAGCAUGGGUUCACACGCUUUUCCUUGCGCGAUUGGGGGCGCCAGUGACAGGACGAACAGUGCCCUGUGGAGCUCGCCGUCAGACUUCGAUAGACCUGGUGAACCGACACCUUGGACAGGGUUGACAAAGGUCGGAUCUUUCGGGUCCCGCACCCGCACGGAUCGGGGGCAAAACGAGGGCGUGCCGUCUCUCUUCUCGUCGCUGUCCACGAAUGGGCCUGGGAUCGUCUCCGAAUCGCCGUCCUGUUUCGGCCCAUGCGGCGGUCGUCUCUCGCCUUCUGCGUUCGAUUUGUCGAGGCGACCAGCGUUUGGAGAAGACGGAGAUAGGAACGGAGUUUCUCUUCCGUCCUCCGGCGGGGAUUUGUCUCCUCAUUUGGUUCCGUAUACCUCUCCGGAGCUUCGGCCCCAAAGCACCAGACGCCUCGAGCCGCUCCUGUCCUCGUUCUCGGAUCCGAGCCAUUCCGCGGCGGGAGAUGCGUCCCGUUUGGGCGAGUGCCUCAGUGGGCUGUCUCCGCCGCUGAAGGAUGGCGGGGCUGCCCGAAGUGUGGCGGACAGUGUGUCUCCGUUUGUGGGGUCGGCGGGGGUGUCUCCGUUUGUGGGGUGUCGGGGCUCGGGUGGAGGGGACUGCCGCUGUGGAGGCCCAGAGACAGGCUGCAUGUAUCGCAGUGGGGUAAGUGGGGUUGUGUAUGACAAAAGCGGGCAAAAAUGGACGGCCCGAUGGAAUGAAGACGGCAAGCAGCAUAAGCGGACGUUUGCCGCCGCGAAGUACGGUUUUUUGAACGCGAAAAUGAGAGCCGAGGCAUGCAGAGGCGAGGCGAGGGAACGAGCCGCCGCCCGAGCCCGCCAAGCGACGGAGCGAAGUCAUCAACGGCGAACGGACGCGAGCAAGGGGACCCGAGGCAUAGGAGAACGGGAGAGGUCUCGUCCCUCGUGUGUGGCGUCGCCGUCUUUCUUCAGAAGAAAGUCGCUCAGUGUAAGAAGUGGUAGAGGCGGGGAAGAAGAGCGAGAACGAGGAGACGACCUGGAAGGUGAACACCCCGGCGAGGCAGGCGGCAUGUUUCUGCCUGAAUCGGUGAAGCCAGACAGUGAGGCAGAGGGGGAGGGGAGAAGAGAACAUGAAACCGAACGAGGCGCAGAAAGCACAGUCCGGACGCACGCUCAGGAAACGGUGAAGAGCGAAUCCAAGGACGGGACUUCCCAGGAUGUCGCGUCUCCUGCAUCUUCUGUGGGCCCCGUGGCGCCAGGGACAACAGAGAGAGACAGGAGCGAGGAAGAGAAAGGGGCCGAGAAGAACGAGAGUAGCGUGACGGAGAACUAG